CCCGGGGGCCUCCACAACCACCGAGUCCCGCCAUGAGUGUUGCCUCGCUCCUACCUCUGCUGCUCCUGCUGGGGCCCCGGCUCCAGGCUGCGGGUGUCAUGGAGUCAAUGCUGCCCACUGUGGUCCUUGCUAUCUUGGCCCGAAAUGCCGAACACUCUCUGCCUCACUACCUGGGCGCAUUGGAGCGCCUGGACUAUCCCCGGGCCAGGCUGGCCCUCUGGUGUGCCACAGACCACAACGUGGACAACACCACAGAGAUGCUGCAGGAGUGGCUGGCUGCAGUGGGCCGUGACUAUGCAGCCGUGGUCUGGAAGCCCGAGGAGGAGGCCAGGCCCUACCCAGAUGAACAGAGUCCCAAGCACUGGACCAAAGAAAGGCAUCAGUAUUUGAUGGAGCUGAAGCAGGAAGCCCUGACCUUUGCCAGGGCCUGGGGAGCCGACUACAUCCUGUUCGCAGACACAGACAACAUUCUCACCAACAACCAGACACUGCGGCUUCUCACAGAGCGGCACCUGCCGGUGGUGGCCCCAAUGCUGGACUCCCAGACCUAUUAUUCCAACUUCUGGUGUGGGAUCACUCCACAGGGCUACUAUCGCCGCACAGCUGAAUACUUCCCUACCAAGAACCGCCAGCGCCAGGGCUGCUUCCGGGUCCCGAUGGUCCACUCUACCUUCCUGGUGUCCUUGAAGACUGAGGAAACAGCCCGGCUUGCCUUCUACCCGCCUCAUCCCAACUAUACUUGGCCUUUUGAUGACAUCAUCGUCUUCGCCUACGCCUGCCAGGCUGCUGGGGUCUCAGUGCAUGUGUGCAAUGACCAUCGUUACGGGUACAUGAAUGUGGCGGUGAAGGCCCACCAGGGGCUGGAAGAAGAGAAGGCCAACUUCAUCCACCUGAUUUUGGAAGCACUAGUGGAUGGGCCCCCCAUGCUGGCCUCAGCUCAUGUGUCUCGGCCUCUAAAGAAGCCCAACAAGAUGGGGUUUGAUGAAGUCUUUGUCAUCAGCCUGGCUCGCAGACCCCAGCGCCGGGCUCGGAUGCUGAGCUCUCUGUGGGAGAUGGAGAUCUCUGCUCAAGUGGUAGAUGCUGUGGAUGGCAGGACACUCAACAGCAGUAUCCUUAAGCACCUGGGUGUGGACCUGCUCCCUGGCUACCAGGACCCCUACUCGGGCCGCACACUGACCAAGGGUGAGGUGGGCUGUUUCCUCAGCCACUACUCCAUCUGGGAAGAGGUGGCUGUCAGGGGCCUGGCCAGGGUUGUGGUGUUUGAGGAUGACGUACGCUUUGAGGACAACUUCCGGAGGCGGCUGGAACGGCUGAUGGAGGAUGUGGUGACUCAGAAGCUGUCGUGGGACUUGAUCUACCUUGGCCGGAAGCAGGUGAACCCUGAGGAGGAGGUGGCUGUGGAGGGUCUGCCUGGUCUGGUGGUGGCUGGAUACUCCUAUUGGACACUAGCGUACACCUUGAGUCUGGCAGGCGCCCGCAAACUGUUAGCCUCUCAGCCUCUGCGACGCAUGCUACCUGUGGAUGAGUUCCUGCCUGUCAUGUUUGAUCAGCACCCCAAUGACCAGUACAAGGCAUACUUCUGGCCUCGGGACCUCCAAGCCUUCUCAGCCCGGCCUCUGCUUGCCUCCCCCACCCACUAUGCGGGAGAUGCUGAAUGGCUCAGUGACACAGAGACAUCUUCCCCCUGGGAUGAUGACAGUGGCCGCCUCAUUAGCUGGACUGGCUCCCAAAAGACGCUUCGUGGCCCCCACCUGCACCUGGCUGGCAGCAGUAGAUAUAGCCCUCAUCCUCACCCCAGGGAUGAGCUCUAGCCUCAGGCCCACAAGGUCCGAGUGGGAACGCCAAGGAGCAACAAGAACAGAGAGGGGGAGUGGACAGGAGCGGCAGAACCAGCAGAAGCCUGGCUGUUAUCUUGGGCUCAGCCCUUCUUCCACCCUCUGGACCCUUCCCAGGUUGGGAGAGCCACUCAAAGACAGAGUCCAUUCCCCGAAUGUCACAAAGUGAAAAGACAAGAAGACUCUUGAUUCUGCAUGCAGAUUUAGAGCCCAGUGGGCUCAGGAACAAGGGAGGCCUCAGCCUUCAGGUUUCCAGCUGACCAGACCCCAGAAUCCUGCCCUCUCUGAGGACUUAACUGCUGGGGCUACCUUGCUUCCAUCUACCUCCACCUCAGCCCCCUCCCUGGCUUCACAUCUGGGGCUCACUAGCACCCUCUUCCAUGGCUGGCAGGAAGUGCAGGAAGGUGAGAGGCGUACCUGGUGCUCUGCACACAGUAGGCCUUCAAUAAAAUUCCUCUGCAUUAGCAUUUCAUACUUCA